AUGCCGACCUUGGAUUUGAGUAAUUUCAACAUUGUAUGCGCCACGCUGGGCGGCUUCAUCACUCUUUUCGGUCUGGUAUCCUACCUGUUGAAGGAGAAGUUCUAUCUUUCCGAGGCGCUCUUAUCAACCUUGUUCGGUGUCGUCUUCAGUCCCCAUGCCACCAAUUGGAUAAGGCCCCUCGAAUAUGCCAACCUCAAUGAGAUCGACCUCGAGACAAUCACUCUCUACUUUUCCAGACUGGUCUUGGGAGUGCAGCUGGUCUUGGCCGGUGUCCAGCUGCCUAGCAAGUACCUCUGGAAAGAAAAGAAGAGUUUGGCCAUCCUGCUUGGACCGGGCAUGUGCAUCAUGUGGGUCAUGACCUCGCUACUCGUCUGGGCCAUGGUUCCGGGUAUUGGCAUUGUAAUGGCCAUAAGCGUGGGAGCAUGUGUCACGCCCACCGAUCCUGUGCUGUCCAACAGUAUCGUCAAAGGAAAGUUUGCGGACAAGAAUAUCCCCGGGCCCCUACAGAAGAUUAUUAUCGCCGAGUCUGGAGCAAAUGACGGUCUUGGAUAUCCGUUCCUGUUUCUUGGAUUGUACCUGCUCAAGUACGUGGAAUCAGGCGGUGCAGGCGCGCCAGGCGGUGCGGGAAAGGCAAUGGCGCUGUGGUUCUACGACACUUGGGCAUAUGUCAUCCUUUUGUCCAUUGCCUACGGUGCACUUGUUGGGUGGCUUGCGAAGGAGCUUCUUCACUGGGCAGAAGAGCGCCAUUAUGUUGACAGGGAAUCUUUCCUCGUUUUUGCAAUCACGCUCGCGGUAAGCCUGUACACAUCCUCCUCCAGAGUUCGAACUGAUGAUCUUGCAGCUUUUUAUUGUUGGCACGGUCGGAUUGAUUGGCUCGGACGAUGUUCUGGCUUGUUUUAUCGCGGGUAACGCUUUCACUUGGGACGACUGGUUCCGUUUGGAGACAAAAGACGACAGUUUGCAGCCCACAAUAGAUAUGCUGCUGAACGUUGCCAUCUUCAUGUGGUUCGGUAUGUGCCUCCUCUACGCAAAGUAUAGGAGCUUCUGCUGACGCGCUGCAGGGACUGUCUGCCCUUGGCACAGCUUCGUGGACAACGAUGUGAUUCCCAUCUAUCGCCUCAUUCCUUUGGGUAUACUAGUACUUCUUCUGCGGCGCUUGCCCAUGGUCCUCUCGUUCCACAAGGCUAUCCACCAAGUCGAAGAUUUGCGCCAUGCCGGCUUCGUCGGAUUCUUUGGCCCUAUUGGAGUCAGUGCCGUCUUCUAUCUUUACAUCGCAAGACAAUUCCUUCGAGAGAUUGAGGUCGAUGGAGAGAUUCGCCCCGAUGCCAAUCACCUGAGCGAGGUCAUCAACGUCGUGGUGUGGUUCCUCAUCGUGUGCUCCAUCGUUGUCCACGGAUUGAGCAUUCCGCUAGGCAAACUCGGACUUUACUUGCCUCGCACAAUUAGCACCGCCAUCUCCUCAGAGAGAGUGUCGCGUAAUUCCAGUCCCAGCCGUUCUCGAUCGACUGGUCCCAAUCCUGACAGCGACGAGCAUGUGAUACACUGGCCUAUGGAGCAAGAGGAGCGCUCGCUUAAUCGCGAAUUUCGCCGACGCCGCCCGACCACGAGUGAGCGCGGACCCGCUACUGCGAGUGCUGGAGGACUGAGUGGCGCAGCCUCUGUCGCGAAGAGAAUCGUCCAGCACAUCUCCGACCAUACGAAGAGAAAACAGGGCACUACGGUACACGGUGAAGAUCAAGUCAAAGUCAGCGAGAGCGACGAAUCUCCCGGUGCUCUCGGACAGGGCUCUCAUCCAGAGAUCUCCGCGCCUCGUGAUGGAAGGAUUCUCGGACAGUCGAUCAUCAAGACUCAGCCACCAGCUGAUGAGGUGGACAAGCGCCUCAAUGCCGGGACCGACACACCCGAAGGUGAAGGGACCAGGACUCCAGGGGCCAGAUCUGCCGCACCGUCUGGAGCUGCAACAUCUGUUGGCAAUCUCCACCGCAGCAUUCGGUUCCCUGACGAGCCUGCUACCCCAAGAACUCAGACGCAGGCCAGAGACGGUGAUUAA